AUGGAAACCAACAAUCAAAAAACCUUCUCAAAUCAAAUUAACCUCCCCCGUCUUUCGAUUCCAACAUUGAAAGAAACAGCAGAACGCUAUAAGAAAUCUUUAUUGCCUCUUUUAUCCACUUCGGAUUAUAAUCGAGCAGCCAAUGUCGUUGAUGAAUUUAUGAAGGAAGGUGGCUUUGCUGAAGUUCUUCAAAAAAGAUUAUACGAUGUUGAUAAAAGUGAAAAGUAUAAUUGGAUUGAAACUAUCCGAUUAAAUAAAUUUUUUUUAGAAUUGAGGGUACCUAUUCUUAUAUACUCUAAUUGGUGGAUCGAGUUCAAUGAUCCUGUUACCGGAAUAUUAGAAAAUCCUCCCAAAAAAGGUCAAACAUCCGAAUUUCAAAUCGAUAGAGCUGCUGGAUUAGUGUCAAAUAUGUUGACGUUUAAUGAUAUGAUUAACAAUGAAUUAUUACCACAGGAUAAGACACGUCAUGGCCUAUUAUGCAUGGAUCAAUAUACUAAACUAUUUAGUACUGCACGCAUUGCUGAUUCCCCCUUUGAUCGUGUUAUCACAACAUGGCCUAAGACUGCUAAACAUAUUAUUGUGAUUUUUAAAGAUCAAAUUUUCAAAGUCCAAGUUUUAGGUGCUCGCAAAAGGCUUGAAUCUUUAUCUGCAGAAAACAAUAUCAGCUUUGAAGCAAUUGACACAGCUUUAUUUGGUGUAGCAUUGGAUGACUAUCCAACUGAUACAAAUAUAGAUGUUUCUCAUCAUAAUUGUAUUCAUGCAUACAAUGGUCGAAAUCGAUGGUUUGAUAAAACAAUUCAACUAAUUUUUGCAAAUAAUGGACGUGCUGGUGUUAAUGGUGAGCAUUCAUCUGUGGAUGGUACAGUUGUAGGCCGUUUAUUCAAUUACAUUAUUUCAAAUGAGUCAGCACAAGAUCCACAAAACACUUCUCCUCUUGAAUUACCACCUCCGCAAUACUUGAAAUGGUUUGUCGAUACUUAUAUAAUAAACACCAUUCAGCAAGCGCAAAUUAAUAUUCAAGCUGCAAUUGAUAACAUCGAUAGUGUUUUAUUGUAUUAUAAUGAAUAUGGGUCCAAUUGGAUAAAAAAUGCUAAGGUUAGCCCUGAUGCAUUUGUUCAGAUAGCAAUUCAACUUGCAUAUUAUAAACGUUAUGGUGAGUCAUGUUCUACCUAUGAAACUGCUUCUACUAGAGGUUUUCUACAUGGUCGUCUUGAAACUCUGAGAACUUGCUCCGUGGACACCACUGCAUUUACCAAAGCUUUUUGUGAUCCAAAUAUAGAAAAAGAUGAAAUAGUUUCUCUACUCAUGAAGGCUAUUAAAUCACAUACUGAAUAUAUAAUUUCUGCUAUUAAUGGUCGUGGAGUAGAUUGUCACCUUUUAGGCCUUCAAUCCCAAAUACAUGAUGGAGAAAAAUCUAGAGCAACGUUAUUUACUGAUCCUUCAUAUGCUCAAGCAAUGCACUUUAAACUUCGUACUUCAAAUUUGAGCCCUGGAUUGGGUUUUCAUACUGGAAUGGAAACUAUAGUUCCUGACGCAUAUGCAAUUGCUUAUAUUAUUGAAAAAGAUAAAUUGAAAAUCGGUAUUAGUAGUAAUAAAAAAUGCAAAGAAACUGAUAGCGUCAUUUUUAGAAAAGCUUUAAAAGAAUCAUUAAAUGACCUUAGAGAAAUUUUAUCAUAA